GGGUGGGGCGGGGCCGGGCGGAGGCGCGGAGUGAGGCGCCCGCUGGCUGCUGCUGUCACUCCUGCUCCAGCUCCGGCUCGGGCUCCGGCUGCGGCCCCGCUCGACUUUCUAUCCCCGGAGUGCCUAGGGGCGGGGGCGGGAGGAGGUCGAGGAGGCCGGGGCGCAGCCGCCAUGGCCGAGGAUGCGGGCGCGCUGCCCUGGUCCAUCAACAGGGACGACUAUGAGCUGCAGGAGGUGAUCGGAAGUGGAGCAACGGCGGUGGUCCAAGCAGCGUACUGCACCCCCAAGAAGGAGAAAGUGGCUAUCAAACGGAUAAACCUGGAAAAAUGUCAGACCAGCAUGGAUGAGCUCCUGAAAGAAAUUCAAGCCAUGAGCCAGUGCCAUCAUCCUAACAUUGUGUCUUACUACACGUCCUUUGUGGUGAAAGAUGAGCUCUGGCUAGUGAUGAGGCUGCUGAGUGGAGGGUCUGUUCUGGAUAUUAUUAAGCACAUUGUUGCCAAGGGGGAACACAAAAGUGGAGUCCUGGAUGAGGCCUGCAUUGCCACGAUUCUCAAAGAGGUUCUGGAGGGCCUGGAGUAUCUGCAUAAAAAUGGACAAAUCCACCGGGACGUCAAAGCUGGAAAUAUUCUUCUGGGUGAAGAUGGCUCGGUGCAGAUUGCAGAUUUUGGGGUUAGUGCUUUUUUAGCAACUGGUGGUGACAUUACCCGAAAUAAAGUGAGAAAGACCUUUGUGGGCACUCCUUGCUGGAUGGCACCAGAAGUCAUGGAACAGGUCCGUGGUUAUGACUUCAAGGCCGACAUCUGGAGUUUUGGAAUCACUGCCAUCGAGCUAGCCACGGGGGCCGCUCCCUAUCACAAGUAUCCACCCAUGAAGGUAUUAAUGCUGACAUUACAGAAUGAUCCUCCUUCUUUGGAAACUGGUGUUCAAGAUAAAGAAAUGCUAAAGAAAUAUGGAAAAUCAUUUAGGAAAAUGAUUUCAUUGUGCCUUCAAAAAGAUCCUGAGAAAAGACCAACGGCAGCUGAACUGUUAAGACACAAAUUUUUCCAGAAAGCAAAGAAUAAAGAAUUUCUCCAAGAAAAAAUGCUUCAGAGAGCGCCAACCAUUACUGAGAGAGCUAAAAAGGUUCGGAGAGUGCCAGGCUCCAGUGGCCGGCUUCAUAAAACAGAGGAUGGUGGCUGGGAAUGGAGUGAUGAUGAAUUUGAUGAAGAAAGUGAGGAAGGGAAGGCGGCCAUUUCACAGCUCAGGUCUCCUCGAGUAAAGGAACCGUUAACGAAUUCUGAGCUCUUUCCUCCAUCUGAUCCUGUGGGUACUUUACUCCAAAUUCCAGGACUGUCUCCUGCUCAGCUACCUCAGCCAGCUGGACAGACUCCUGCCCAGUCCACUCACAUCACUGUCCCGCCACCUGUACAGGCACCCGCAGCUCCAGCAGGAGGAGCAGGGCAGGCUCCGCCAUCAGAAGGGGCAGGUUCCCAAGACACCAAGGUCCCCAUCAGUCUGGUACUAAGGUUAAGGAAUUCAAAGAAAGAACUUAAUGAUAUCCGAUUUGAAUUUACUCCAGGAAGAGAUACAGCCGAUGGCGUGUCACAGGAACUCAUCUCUGCCGGCCUCGUGGAUGGCAGAGACCUAGUCAUAGUGGCAGCUAAUUUGCAGAAAAUUGUGGAAGAACCUCAGUCCAAUCGCUCUGUCACUUUCAAACUGGCAUCUGGCGUUGAAGGCUCAGAUAUUCCCGACGACGGCAAACUUAUCGGAUUUGCACAGCUCAGCAUCAGCUAAGCUGCGGGCGCAGAGGAAGCUUCCCCACAGAGAACCCACUCAUCAUGUUUCUAUCGCUCUGUUGGCCUAAAAUUCACUACUGCCAAAGAACCCAGGUCUGCCCUCUCCCUGCCCCGGUCGGAUCACCGCUGUCUGGCAUCAGCUCACCAAAGUCGCCGUGACGCGCUCCGUUUGUAAAGCUGGUGACUGCACAAGUGGCGCCGUGCCCUGCCUCAGGCGCUCGGACGGAUGCCCGUGGCUGGGCCUUCCGCUCUCUUAUUGCCUUACUUGACGGAUGCCAUGGAGCGCGAGGCCUUGUUUCUUCCAGCCCCGUGGGGUGCCCAGCAGGGGCUGGGAUUUCUUGUGGCCACACUGUAGCCGUGAGCCAGAGGAUUUACCUGGGGGCUCUUUCCUUUGGUCCUGAUAUGACUCCUAGCAGCCAAUAUGAGGACGCCACAAGCACAGUUUCUGAUGUCAUUGGCCUGCCACGUUCCAGUUUUAUCGCUCACGUUCUCGACCGCCGCACCCUCCCAGGUGGCUGCUUCCUUCAGGCUCGCCCUGGGCCCCCUGCCCAGUGUCACUUGGGGUGGGGGAGGCUGGGCAGAGUGGGGAGGACCUCUCGACCAGUUCCCAGAGACCCUCGGCUUACUUUUCCCCAGAGUGACUACAAGCAAGUCAUUACUUUUGUCAUUGGGAAAGUGGUGAUUUUCACCACUUAAAUAAAUUAAAAGAAACUUCCCCUUGAUCCCAACAUCUUUUCUCCCGUGAGUUUGACCCUCUUAGUGGUGAGGGAAAGGGUCUGUGUGGAACAAGGCUGAGGCUUUCACAGCAAUAAAGGAGAGUCGUGGUUCUCAGGCCAGCCUGGCCUGCCUCCAGCCCCUGCCCCCGCCUGCACCCAGACCUCUCCACCAACUCAGCCCUGCUUUGAGAUGUGCCCAGGACAGUGAGGGUUCAGGAGGAGACAGUAUUGAUUUGGAUUUCUACAGAAAUCAUAUAAAUGAGACACUUGUAAUACAAUGUGGGAGGAAUCUAUGGGGUUGGGUUUUUUUCUAUGAUUUCACAACUGGCCUUCAUAUCCUGCUAUUGGCUGUGGGGGAGUUUUCCCUGCGAUUGCUGACCCAGCCUUGCCUUUCCCUGAUGGAGGGGCUGGGGGGGUGGGGGGCUGCCUCCUGCAGGUGACUAGAGACCAUCCUGGCAUUCAGAUCACCGAGCCUUCUGAUUACCAAGCUGGAGCUCUCUGUGGCCUCUGAAGGCUCCCCGGCUCAAAUGAUUUCUUCUAGCACGUUCCUGUGAGCCUUGGAGUUCCUUUGCCCCCUUUCAUCCUUUGCCAAGUUGGGAUGGGGGGUGGGGAAGGGGCAGAUCUGACGAGAGUUGGAGACCCCAGCAGCAGCAGCAGUGAAAGGGAGGGACCCACGGGGGUGGGGGUGGGGGGCUGGGUGUGGAUCUGGAUGAGUUUGAGGUGUGGGGGAGGGCAGAGAGUGAGGUUCUUUGGUCCAAGCAUGCGGUUUGGCUUCCAGCAAUCCCAUAGUAACCUCCUUCAUCGUAAAGCGGCUGAGUGAUGCUUUCUCUCUGGUUAGCUUUUUGUACGGGAGUGUGCUGGGGGAAGGCAGGAGGCCAGCCGGCCCCUGCUCCUGGUGCCCCUACGUCCCCAGGCGCCUCAAGCUGCUACAGAAAUUCCAUGUAGUGAGUUGAGAAGGUAGGAAGUGGGCUAUUUUUGUCUUAUUUUAAAAAAUUGAUUUUGCCCCACUGAGACCUAGGGAGACAGCUCGCAAGCCCCAGGACAGUAUUAUUCUUAUUUUUCUUUGGGCGUGCACUCAUGCCUCUGUUGAUUUGUUUGUAUGGUGGUGCUGAGAAACUGUGGGGUGGAAACUGCACGGGAAGACAUGGGCUCCUUCCCCCGGCGCCCUCCUUCGUGGGCCCUCGGGGAUCCGGGUGCCAUCCCCGAGGUAGCUGGGCUGGGGGGGGUGGGGAGAGCAGCACGAGGGCAUUCGUUCUGUGAGGCCCAGAAUAAGUGCCAGUGCCAAUCAUGGGACGGAGGGUUUGUCUAACAUGGCUGAUGGAUUUGUGGGGGGUUUUGUGGUGGUUAACUUCUGAACCCGACUUAGAGCCAGCUCCUACUCAUUUAGUCACUCCUCAGAGAACUAGAACGACGCUGUAGGCAUACGCGGAGGCUCCUCACACAGUUGUGUACUCUGAACGACAAAAGAUGUAAAAUAGUCAGCUGUUCUCUCUUUUUUUUUUGACUUUGUAUUUUACUGCACGUUCCCCUCAUUUUUAAUCAAUAAAGAACAAAUUGUCUGGG